AUGGACGAUUCUCCCCACCCCCCAGCAGCCCCCAACCCCGAUGCCGGCGAGGCCAAGGCUACCGUGCCGGUCAAGCAAGAUGAUCAGACACAACAUAAUACUCGACUAAACGCACUUUUGUACCACACUUCCAAUGAUUCAAUCGACCUCUACAAGAAGGAAAACAACUCACUGGAUCUUAUGGGUCGGCUUUACUUUGACGACUAUGAUUCCGACUCUGUGGUUUCUUCGGGUGCUGUUUCGCCAGUAGUACAACUGCCGGGCGCCACUGUGCCGUCAAUGGAGUAUUUUAAUACUCGUCUUGACCCACUUUUUGAAGCACUCAAAAAACCAGAACGACCCGAAUUCGAACGGGGAAUUUCGUUUUCCGACUCAAGAAGCGUCACCUUCAAGGUCAAGCACCCCCAAUUCAAGUUCCGUCGUAAUAACAAGACUUUUCUUGCUGGGUUCAACGACGAACCGCUGUCUCUCAAAGCCAUCGAAUGGCUCUACGACGAAAUGAUCAUCAAUGGCGACACAUUGAUAGUUCUCAGGGUGCUCGACGAAAAGACUCACACCUCCAUAGACAAUGCUGCUGCCAGCGCCAGUCUCAAACGGCUCCAGUCGCUCAACGCCCACAGCAAGAAGAUCCUGAUGGUGUUCGAGACCACCAUUGGAAAACCCAAAAAGCUCUUAAAGCGAGCAAUUGACGAGUACAAACCGGCUAUGAUGGCCAUAGGCACCCGCCAUACCGACCAGCAUGUCCAGCACCGUUCGUUUCUUGCCAAAGAGCUGAUGCUGAAACACUUUUUGGAGUGUGCGCUCGUUCCAGUAAUUGUGGUAAAACCUACAUGGCGCUACGUGGAGCAACUAGAACAUCCCAUAGACUCGGAGACAUACUUCCACGAUUGGAUCGUCAGCAUAGAUAUCGACGGAAGCUACAGAAAAAAGAAAAAGAAAGGGUUCCUCAGCCCAUCGCUGUCGCACACCAGUCUCGCAUCGGCCAGCGAAAGAGGCCGAAAUCUUGCACCCAAACCGUCCAACGAGUUUUUUUUCGCUGACUCGCUGCGGUCUCGGUCGCGGUCCCAGUCCAAGACCCGGUUCCGAAUCUUCGGCCACUGA